AUGACCUCGUUUUCCGACAGUGUCAGAGUGUCCACCGCUGUGACUUGUAUUCUAUCCAGCCUCGUUGGGCUGGGACAAGCUGGACCUAGUGCGGCGUCGGCAAAUGCGCAGAUAGCAGCAGCCGCAGCCGCCCAAGGCUGGGUUCCAGAUGGUUACUAUGUGCCGCCGUAUUAUCCUGCGCCAUAUGGUGGAUGGGUGGAUGAAUGGCGACAGAGCUAUGCUAAGGCCAAGGCUCUGGUUGACUCUAUGACGCUGGCAGAGAAGACGAAUAUCACUGCAGGGACAGGAAUUUACAUGGGUGAGCGAUGUGCCGGAAACACAGGCUCUGCACUUCGAGUCGGCAUCCCUCAGCUGUGUCUUAAUGAUAGCCCUGCCGGUGUUCGACAUGCGGAUAACGUUACAGCUUUCCCUGAUGGAAUCACAGUUGGCGCAACCUUUGAUAAGACGCUCAUGUACCAGCGCGGCGUAGCCAUCGGGAAGGAGAAUCGCGGCAAAGGUGUCAAUGUUUGGCUAGGGCCAACAGUUGGGCCGAUAGGACGCAAGCCAAAGGGUGGCCGCAACUGGGAGGGCUUUGGUGCUGAUCCUGCACUCCAAGCUGUGGGAGCAAGAGAGACGAUCAAAGGUGUUCAGGAGCAGGGAGUUAUUGCGACAAUCAAGCACUUUAUUGCGAAUGAGCAGGAGAUGUACCGCAUGUACAAUCCUUUCCAAUAUGCCUACAGCUCAAAUCUUGAUGAUAGGACGAUGCAUGAAGUAUAUGCCUGGCCAUUCGCUGAAGGUAUUCAUGCUGGCGUCGGCUCUGUCAUGAUGGCAUAUAACGCUGUAAACGGUACUGCGUGCACUCAGCAUCCUUAUCUUAUGAAUGCUCUCCUUAAAGAUGAAAUGGGCUUCCAAGGUUUCAUCAUGACCGAUUGGUUAGCUCACAUGUCAGGUGUCGCCUCUGCUAUUGCUGGCUUGGACAUGGACAUGCCUGGAGACGUUCAGAUUCCAUUCUUUGGCAAUUCAUACUGGAUGUAUGAGCUCAGUCGGUCCGCUCUCAACGGGUCAGUCCCUAUGGAUCGUAUCAACGACGCAGCUACACGCAUUUUGGCCGCAUGGUAUAAGAUGGGCCAGGAUCAGGGAUUCCCAGCGACCAACUUUGACACCAAUUCCGGAGUCACAAAUGAGUUUGUUCAGGUCCAGGCUGACCACGACGUCGUUGCUCGUCAGAUUUCUCAAGAUGCUAUUACCUUGUUGAAGAACGAUGGCGGCAUUCUUCCUCUAUCACCUUCACAACACAUCAAAGUCUUUGGGACUGACGCUCAGAAGAAUCCGGAUGGAAUCAAUUCAUGCACAGAUCGCAACUGCAACAAGGGCACCCUCGGACAGGGCUGGGGUUCAGGGACCGUUGAUUACCCAUAUUUGGAUGAUCCCAUUACAGCCAUCACGGCAGCGGCCAACAAUGUCACCUUUUACAAUACCGACAGCUUUCCCUCCAUCGGCCAAGUAUCAGCUAGUGAUGUCGCUAUUGUGUUCAUCAGUUCCGACGCCGGCGAGAAUACCUACACUGUUGAAGGCAAUCAUGGCGACCGUGAUGCCUCCGGUCUAUACGCAUGGCACAAUGGAGAUAAACUCGUUCAAGAUGCCGCCAGCAAAUUCAGCAACGUCAUUGUAGUGAUACACACCGUCGGCCCCCUGAUUCUUGAGAAUUGGAUCGAUCUACCAUCCGUCAAGGCCGUCCUCAUUGCGCAUCUGCCUGGCCAGGAAGCUGGAACCUCACUUACAAACGUCCUCUAUGGACACUCUUCACCAUGCGGACACUUGCCUUAUUCAAUCACAAAACAGGAAGCUGAUUUCCCAAGUAGCGUCACGACACUCAUCAAUUCCGAGUUCCUCAACCAGCCGCAGGACUCAUACACUGAAGGCUUAUAUAUCGACUACCGCUGGCUCAACAAGAAUAGCACCAAGCCUCGAUACGCCUUUGGCCAUGGCCUGAGCUACACAAACUUUACAUUUACGGCAGCAUCGAUUAAAAAGAUCACUCAGCUGAGCUCGUAUCCUCCCGCUCGCUCCGCCAAGAGCGGCAUCCCCAAUUUCUCGCAAGCCAUUCCAUCUCCCAACGAAGCCGUCGCACCCUCCGGCUUCAACUCAAUCCCUCGCUACAUCUACUCUUGGCUAUCGCAAGGCGACGCCAACGGUGCUGUCUCAGAUGGGAAAUCGGGCAAAUACGUAUACCCCGACGGCUAUUCCACUGCCCAGAAACCCGGUCCUCGCUCCGGCGGCGGUGAGGGAGGCAACCCUGCGCUCUGGGACAUUGCGUAUAACCUCACUGUGACGGUACAGAACACGGGAGAUGACUUUGCCGGCAAGGCUUCCGUGCAGGCAUAUCUUCAAUUCCCAGAUAAUAUCGGCUAUGAUACGCCGAUUAUCCAGCUUCGUGAUUUUGAGAAGACGGAGGAGCUGGCACCGGGGGAGACGACGACGGUGACAUUAACGCUUACACGCAAAGAUGUUAGUGUGUGGGAUGUAGUGGCACAAGACUGGAAAGUGCCUGCCGUUGAUGGAGGAUAUAAAGUAUGGAUUGGAGAUGCCAGUGAUUCGUUGAGUAUAGUAUGUCAUGCAGAUACGCUCAAGUGCGAGACUGGUGUUACUGGACCAGUGUAG